AUGAUCUUUGCUAUCAAGGAGAUAAACAACAGCACAGAGCUUCUGCCAGACAUCAAACUUGGAUAUCAGAUCUAUGAUACUUGUGCCUCAGGGCUUUUAGCAGCACACGUGGCCUUUCAAUUAUCAAAUGGUCAGGACCCUGUGUUUUACAAAGGCAGCAGUUGUUCACACAUGGGGAUGGUGACGGCUGUUGUUGGAGACUCUGGAUCUACCCCAUCCAUCAGCAUGGCACGCAUCAUUGGACCCUUCAACAUUCCUCAAGUGAGCCAUUUUGCCACUUGUGCCUGCCUGUCAGAUAAGCAGCAGUACCCAACAUUUUUCAGAACAAUUCCCAGUGAUCAGUUCCAGGCUGAUGCUCUGGCCAAGCUGGUAAAACACUAUGGCUGGACUUGGAUUGGUGCUGUUCGUUCAGACUCAGAUUAUGGAAAUUAUGGAAUGGCAUCUUUUCUUGAUGCAGUGCAGAAAGAGGGUAUCUGUGUGGAGUACUCUGAAUCCUUCUUUCGAACUGACCCACGCAGCAAAAUUCAAAAAGUAGCUGAUGUUAUCCGGAGGUCAACAGCGCUGGUUGUUGUAGCUUUUGUUGCUGCAGGAGAUAUGAAUGUCCUGUUACAAGAGCUGGCUCUGGAGCCUACAGCACCUCGACAGUGGAUAGGAACUGAGGGCUGGAUAACUGACCCACUCAUGAUGAGCUUUAGUUUCUGUGCAGGGGCCAUCGGAUUUGGCAUUCAACGAUCUGUCAUUCCAGGACUGAAAGAUUUCCUGCUGGAUCUCUCUCCCACUGAAGUAGCUACCUCCUCAGUCCUGACUGAGUUCUGGGAGGAUGCAUUUAAUUGCAGCCUGACAAAAAAUGCUGAUCCAGAAAAGAAAGUCUGUGAUGGAAAUGAAAACUUAAAAUCACUCAAAAGUCCGUACACUGAAACAUCUCAACUAAGAGCUUCUAACAUGGUGUACAAGGCUGUUUAUGCAAUAGCUCAUGCUAUUCACAAUACAUUGUGUCACAAAAGAAAUCACACCACUCAGUGUGACAGAAAUAUCAGACUGGAGUCCAAACAGGUUUUUACUGCACUACAAAAAGUCAACUUUACUCGCAAUGGUUACCCUGUGUCAUUUGAUGCUAAUGGGGAUCCUGUGGCUUUUUAUGAGCUAAUCAACUGGCAAAUGAGUGAGAGUGGAGUUAUUGAGUUGAUAACAGUAGGACAUUAUGAUGCAUCACUUCCAAAAGGACAGGAAUUUCAGAUUAAAAGGAAGAUAUCUUGGGUUGAAGGUCGCACACAAGUUCCAUUGUCAGUGUGUUCAAAGAGUUGUCCUCAAGGAACACGUAAAGUUUUGCAAAAAGGAAAACCUAAAUGUUGCUAUGAUUGUAUACCAUGUCCUGAAGGAGAAAUCAGUAAUACAACAGACUCUCCAGAUUGCUUUCCAUGUACCAAUGAAUUCUGGCCUAAUACAGAAAGAAAUGCUUGUUUCCCCAAACCUGUACAGUUUCUGUCCUUUGAUGAAGUCCUGUCAAUCAUCUUGGCUGCACUGUCUGUCGUUGGGGCCUGUCUGGCCAUCACAACAGCAGUCAUUUUCUUUCAUCACAGAACAACUCCUAUUGUCAAAGCCAACAACUCUGAGCUGAGCUUCAUGUUGCUCUUCUCUCUGACUCUGUGUUUCUUAUGUUCAUUCACAUUCAUUGGAGCUCCCUCUGAGUGGUCCUGCAUGCUGCGGCACACAGCUUUUGGAAUCACUUUUGUUCUCUGUAUCUCCUGUGUUCUUGGGAAAACUGUAGUGGUUUUAAUUGCCUUCAAAGCUACACUUCCAGGUAGUAAUGCAAUGAAAUGGUUUGGGCCUCCACAACAAAGAUUGACCGUUGUGUUUUUCACAUUUAUUCAAGUUUUAAUUUGUACAAUUUGGUUGGUUCUCAGUCCUCCUUUUCCAAUACAAAAUCUGACAACAUACAAGGAGAAGAUCAUCCUGGAAUGUGCAUUAGGCUCUGCUGUUGGCUUCUGGGUUGUACUUGGGUACAUUGGACUGCUGGCUAUUUUUUGCUUUGUGUUAGCUGUUCUAGCUCGAAAACUACCUGAUAAUUUUAAUGAAGCCAAGAUGAUAACCUUCAGCAUGCUGAUAUUCUGUGCAGUAUGGAUCACCUUCAUCCCAGCGUAUGUCAGCUCUCCUGGAAAGUUUACUGUGGCUGUGGAGAUAUUUGCUAUUCUUGCCUCCAGUUUUGGACUGAUACUGUGUAUAUUUGCUCCAAAGUGUUUCAUCAUAUUGUUUCAGCCCAAGAAGAACACCAAGAAAUACUUAAUGAACAAAAGUACACGUUGUUUACCUGCCUUCUCAGAGAAUGGUGACUUUGUUAUUGGUGGUAUAUUUUCUAUUCAUUACAAACUGCAUGCAGUGAUUUAUAACUACACCACCAAGCCAGAACCGUCAAGCUGCAGUGGCAGCAUUGACAGUCGGGAACUGCGUUUUGCUCGUGCAAUGAUCUUUGCAAUUGAAGAGAUAAACAACAGCACAAAGCUGCUUCCAGGCAUCAAACUUGGAUAUCAGAUCUAUGACUCAUGUGCUUCAGUGCCUGUGUCUGUGCAUGUGGCCUUUCAACUAUCAAACGGACAAGACCCUGAAUUUUAUAAAGGCAGCAAUUGUUCCCAGUCUGGAGUGGUGAUGGCUGUUGUUGGUGAGUCUGGAUCAACUCCUUCCAUCAGCAUGUCCCACAUCUUUGGACCCUUCAGUAUCCCAUUGGUGAGCCACUUUGCUACUUGUGCCUGUCUGUCCGACAAGCAGCAGUACCCGACUUUUUUCAGAACAAUUCCCAGUGAUCAUUUUCAGGCUGAUGCUCUGGCCAAACUGGUGAAACACUUUGGCUGGACUUGGAUAGGUGCUGUCCGCUCAGACUCAGAUUAUGGAAAUAAUGGAAUGGCAUCUUUUCUUGAUGCAGCACAGAGAGAAGGAAUCUGUGUGGAGUACUCUGAAUCUUUUUAUCGGACCGACCCAAGUAGCAAGAUAAAGAGAGUAGCUGAUGUUAUUCGCAGGUCUACAGCAGUGGUUGUUGUGGCUUUUUUGUCCUAUGGAGAAAUGAGAGUUCUGUUGGAGGAACUGGCUCGGGCGCCUUCACCUCCUCGUCAGUGGAUAGGAAGUGAGUCCUGGGUAACUGACCCGAACCUAAUGAGCUUCAGUUUAUGUGCAGGAGCUAUUGGAGUUGGCAUUCAGCAAUCUGUCAUCCCAGGACUGAAAGACUUCUUACUGGAUCUCUCUCCCACCCAAGUAGUCGCCUCAUCUCUGCUAACAGAGUUCUGGGAAAACUCGUUCAACUGCAGCUUAAAAAAAUGUGAGCAAGGUUUCACAAUAUUUAAAAACAAUGUACAUGAAGGAAUGUGUGAUGGAACGGAAGACAUAAUGUUGCUUAAAAAUCCCUACACUGAACUGUCACCGUUAAGAGUUACUAACAUGGUGUACAAGGCUGUUUAUGCAAUAGCUCAUGCCAUUCACAAUGCAAUGUGUCAGGAAACAAAUCUCACCACUCAGUGUUAUAAAUACAUCAAACUGUUGCAUAAACAGGUUUUUACCGAAUUAAAAAAAGUAAACUUUUCUCAAAAUGGUUAUCCGGUGUCAUUUGAUGCUGAUGGCAAUCCUGCAGCUUUUUAUGAGCUGAUCAACUGGCAGAAGAGUGAGAGUGGAGGUAUUAAGCUGGUAACAGUAGGAUACUACGAUGCAUCACUGCCUAAACGACAGGAGUUUCAGAUCAACAGGAACAUAACCUGGGUGGACGGUGAGACCGAGGUUCCACUGUCAGUGUGUUCAGGGAGUUGUUCUCCAGGAACUCGUAAAGUGUUGCAGAAAGGAAAACCCAUCUGCUGCUAUGAUUGUAUACCAUGUCCUGAAGGAGAGAUCAGUAAUACAACAGAUUCUCAUGAUUGCUUCCCAUGUCGGAGAGAAUUCUGGCCUAAUGCAAGAAGAGACGCUUGUCUUUCAAAACCUCUGGAAUUCCUGUCAUUUAAUGAAGUCCUGUCAAUCAUCUUGAGUGCAUUCUCUGUUUUGGGGGCCUGUCUGGCCAUCAUGACAGCAGUUAUGUUCUUUCGUCACAGGACAACUCCAAUUGUCAGAGCCAACAACUCUGAGCUGAGCUUCUUGCUGCUCUUCUCUCUGACUCUGUGUUUUUUAUGUUCAUUAACUUUCAUUGGAGUUCCCUCUGAGUGGUCCUGCAUGCUGCGACACACAGCUUUUGGUAUAAUCUUUGUUCUCUGUAUCUCCUGUGUUCUCGGGAAAACUGUAGUGGUUUUAAUGGCCUUCAAAGCUACACUUCCAGGUAGUAAUGUCAUGAAAUGGUUUGGGUCUCCACAGCAAAGAUUGACUGUAUUGUCUCUCACAUUAAUUCAAAUUUUAAUAUGUGCCAUUUGGUUGAUUCUCAGUCCUCCUUUUCCAAUGAAAAAUCUGACCACAUACAAGGAGAAGAUCAUCCUGGAAUGUGCAUUAGGCUCUGCUGUUGGCUUCUGGGCUGUGCUCGGGUACAUUGGCCUGUUGGCUGUUUUUUGCUUUGCGUUAGCUGUUUUAGCUCGAAAACUACCUGAUAAUUUUAAUGAAGCCAAGCUGAUAACCUUCAGCAUGCUGAUCUUCUGUGCAGUUUGGAUCACCUUCAUCCCAGCAUAUGUCAGCUCUCCUGGAAAGUUUACUGUGGCUGUGGAGAUAUUUGCCAUUCUGGCUUCCAGCUUUGGACUAAUAUUGUGUAUAUUUGCUCCAAAGUGUUUCAUCAUCAUAUUUCAGCCCGAUAAGAACUCCAAAAAAUAUUUAAUGAACAAAAAUCAAAUGUAA